AAGACAUGUCCGAUGAUCCGCAAAAGGCGGAGAUGAAGGAAGUACAAGUGAACGGGACGACCCCCGCCUCUACAGAGAACGGAACAGGACCCCCAACCUCAGCACUUGUGGUCAAUGGGGCGCCUCCCCCGGAGCCCCUUACUAACGGUGCUGUCACCAGAAACAAGCGAGUUUGCCGGAGAAAAGCUGCCUACAAAGACGACUACACCACUAAAGCCGCUAACCAGAUAAAGUCAUUGACACUGAAGAGAACAGCCGCAGCUCGAGCAACCAGAAUCCCCAAACUGCCAGCAAAGCCUUGUAAGGCUGGAACUAACGUUGUGGUCAAAGCUAAAGUUUUACAAGAAGUCCCUGAAGGUCUGUUGGUUAUGUCGGUGCAGUGGCGAGGAAAGGAGUAUUGUGGCUGCUUCAUCGAUACGAACAAACAAGGAUGGGCUUUACCAAGGUUCGACGAUCCGAAAGUAAGUUCGAUAGCUUUCUUGACGAAAAAAGCCCAACUGUUAGCUUCUGAUGUAGAUGAUAGUACAGAUGACGAUUAUUCUCCUAAAACCAAGAGGAAAAGAGGUGCUAAAGGAAAGAAGAACAAGAAACGGAAAGUUAAGAAUGGUGAUACUUCAAAUGGAAAAUCGGUGAAAACCCCCACGAAAAGUAAAGCAGGGCGGCCGUCCAACGCUGACAAAGUCAGCAGACGUCAGAGUACCGACACUCUCGUUGAAAAACCAGAAGCUAAUUCUGAUAAAACAGCUAAAUCUGAGAAGUCCAUAAAACCGGAUGCACCUGAGAAACCCAAUGUCACAAAAUCAGAUAGAAAAUCGGCAUCGCCCGAGAAAGAGUCGAUGAAAACAGAGAAACCGGCCAGCACUCCGGAAAGGUCUGCCGAGAAACCCUCACCAAGCACCAGUGUCAUCGUAAAAACAGAAGCCGCAGCUACACCAGCCCCAACAAAAUGUCCUGCGCCCCCUCCUGCUAGCAGUCCCGCAUUAGCACCUACUUCGAGUGCUGCUGGAACUCCUAAACAAAUUCGGACUGAAAAAACUGCUACAAUUCCAGUAGGGACGCUGUCCCAUUCGCCUCUGUUGAAACAACCCCCUAUUCAAAAAACUGUCAACUCACCGUUCAGUACAAUGACGUCACCAUCCCCCCAAAUUAACGGUGCCCUCGUCUCGCCUUUACAUAACCACUCGUUCCCACUCAUGGUACCACCCCCAUUUUUCAUUCCGAACUUUCUGCAGUCUGCCAAGUUUCUUGCUGAGGGCGUCAAACGGACUCAGAGCAACGACGUAGCUAACCCUCAUCCGACCUCUUUGUCGGGGAGUGAUUUCAACAGUCUGUUCGCUAAAAACUCUGUGGCUGCCAACCCGAGCAGUGGACCUAGCCUCAUGUCAGAUAGUCAGCUAAGAAACAAAAUGACAUAGCGCCGUGUGCUACACACAUGCUGUAUUGUGAAGCCUUUGUUGAGGAGUUCAAUGUCAGAUUGGUAAAGCUAGAGUCAAAAAUGAAGUCCUAGUAAUCAGUUCCUUCAUUAUUCAACCCUGAACUACGGAAUUCAGGAUUAUUAUUUUGCAUAUAUUGUCUGGCUGCGGAGACUCAACCCGACAGUUCAUAGCUGUUCAUCUCAAACCAAUUUACAAGAAGACUUAUCGCUGGUAACUUGGUUUCAAAUCAAAUCACUUCUCAAAGUUUAGUUACUGCGACUACUAAUAUGAUUCUCGUAUGUAUUGUGGAACGCCUACCUUCCGGUUAUCACAAUUGACAGGGAGAAUAACGAAAUUCAGAUCCCAUUAUUAUUAUAAUAUGCCCAUUUACAAUAUUUUGUGUGAUCAUUGAAGUUAGUGCGAGAUCAAG